GCGCAGAAAAAGGAGAAUUAUUUGCAAGCAAGAAAUCAACACCACACAUCAUCACAAAUCAACUGCCUGCAAGAAAACAGUGAAAAUGGCUGCUGAACCAGCUGCCGACCUCAGAGUGGUGCUGGUGGGUCAGGAAAGAGUCGGGAAGAGCUCAGCAGGAAACACCAUCCUGGGAAGGAAGGAGUUUAACUCUGAACUCAGUUUGGUUCCUCUGACUCUGAGCAGUAAGAGGGCAGAAGGAGAAGUUUUGUCUCGUAGAGUCUCUGUGGUGGACACGCCCGGACUCUGCUGCUCUGUUCUUACACCAGAAGAAGUGAAAGCUGAGAUCCAGAGAGCUGUGGAGCUGAGCUCUCCUGGUCCUCAUGUUUUUCUGCUCACCAUCCAGCUGGGAAGAUUCACUGAACAGGAGAAGAGAGGAUUGGAUAUGCUGCAGGAGAUUCUGGGUCCAGAGGUUUCCAAGAACACCAUGAUCCUGUUCACCUACGGAGACCGACUGGAACAAACAGGCAUCGAUAUUCAUCAGUUUGUACAAAGAGAUGAAAACUUGCAGAAACUGGUUAAGAGCUGCAGUGGGAUGUAUCAUGUGUUCAAUAACAACAUGGAAAACAGGAAGCAGGUCCAGGAUCUACUGGAUAAAAUAGAUUCACUCUCAGAAGGAGGACGUCGUUAUUAUCAGAGAAAGUCCAGUGGCAAGAUGGCACCUACAGGUGGAGCUUCACGGAAAUCUGAAUCCACUGAAGAAAAGCCCGACUUCAGGAUUGUUCUUCUUGGGAAAACUGGAGUUGGUAAAAGUGCAACAGGAAACAGAAUCACAGGGAAGAAAGCUUUUGAGUCUAAAGUCUCUCUUUCCUCUGUGACAUCAGUCUGUCAGAAGGAAACCAGUAAUGUUGCUGGCUUAAAUCUGGCUGUUAUUGAUACUCCAGGUCUGUUUGAUAUAUAUAAACGUAAUGAAGAGGUUAUGAGAGAGAUCACUAGAUGCAUCAGCAUGGCGGCUCCUGGUCCUCAUGUCUUCCUGGUUGUGCUCCAACUGAACAAAUUCACUACUGAAGACGAAAGAAACACUGAAAUACUCCAGACAAUGUUUGGAGAAAAAGCAGCCAAACACACCAUGAUCCUGUUUACCCAUGGAGACGUGCUGAGAGAGGCAAACAUUAGAAUAGAAGAUCUGUUAGAAACAUCCCAACAUCUAAAACACAUCAUCAGUCAGUGCUCCAUCCUGGAGAAAUUUGAAGAUAAAUAUCAUGUUUUUGACAACAAAGUUGAGGAUCCCGAUCAAGUCAGUAAACUGGUGGACAAGAUCAUCAGAAUGGUUGAGGGAAAUAGAGGAAAUUUCUACACCAAUGCAAUGUUUGAAGAGGCACAGAGAGCAAACCAUGACGAAAUUAAACAACAGCUCCGAGAAAAUCCAGACGUUAAUACUAGAGGGAGAGAUGGCACAUGUGUUAUACAGUAAUGGUGUCUGUGUUGUUUUGGAUUAAACCUUGAUUUUCAUAAAUAACAAAAUAUUUACCAGUAAUAUGCAGACUUUUGAUCCAUCCAUCCAUCCAUCCAUCCAUCAAUCAAUCAAAUUUUAUUUGUAUAGCACAUUUCAGC